UUGGGCAAUUAUCCUAUACAGACAGCCCACCUCUUCCUCUCUCGAGUGAAACACAUACUCGCGCUAUCAGCUCGUGAACAUCACACGGAUCCUUUUCUUCAACAAAGCUCCACAGCCAACAAAUAACUCUCCUUUCUCUCGUUCGUCCUCUUCGUUAUUUAAUUAUCGUACUUUUGUUGUUCUCGGCUUCUGUCGUAGUUUAGUUUUUUUUUUUACCUUUUAAUAUUAUAGAAGGGGCCUCCCGAGGAUGGGGGGUGGAGUAGACGGAGCAGUGGAGGAGUUUGGCGAAGCGAACGGUGGAGAUGCGGUUAAGGUCAAUGUCAGAUGUUCCAACGGCUCGAAAUUCUCUGUGGAUAUCGAUCUCGAAUCCUCCGUUGAAACUUUCAAAGCUGUUCUCUCAGAGAAGUGCGAAAUUCCACCGGAGCAACAGCGCUUGAUUUACAAGGGUCGGAUCUUGAAGGACGAUCAAACCCUAAAAAGCUAUGGUCUGGAGGCAGAUCACACUGUGCACUUGGUUCGUGGUUUUGCAGCAGCAGCAGCAAACCCUUCAGGAGCAACCAAUACUGGAGGUUCAACUCCAACUCAAAAUACUGCUAGAGUGGUGGGAACAAAUGAAGGUGAUGCUAUGGGAGGAUCUGGCUUUGGAGCUUCUCUGUUUCCUGGUCUUGGCAUGAAUGGCUUAGCUGGCACUGGUGCUCCUGGUGGAUUGUUUGGAGCUGGACUUCCUGAGUUUGAGCAAGUGCAGCAACAGUUGACUCGAAACCCUAACAUUAUGAGAGAAAUAAUGAACAUGCCUGUCGUGCAGAACCUCAUGAAUAACCCAGAGAUAAUGCGAAACUUGAUCAUGAACAAUCCUCAAAUGCGUGAAAUCAUUGAUCGAAACCCUGAACUAGCACAUGUACUUAAUGAUCCAGGUACACUACGCCAGACGCUUGAAGCAGCUAGAAACCCUGAGCUCAUGCGUGAAAUGAUGCGGAAUACUGAUAGAGCAAUGAGCAACAUUGAAUCCUCUCCUGAAGGAUUCAAUAUGCUUCGGCGUAUGUAUGAAACUGUUCAGGAACCAUUUCUUAAUGCAACCUCAAUGACUGGAAAUGCUGGAAAUGAGACUGCAAAUCCUUUUGCUGCUCUCUUGGGCAAUCAAGCUGGGAAUCAAGCUAGAGAUGGAUCAACUAACCCAUCAACCACUAAUUCUGAUACUACUGGUUCUCCUGCUCCCAAUACUAACCCACUUCCUAAUCCUUGGGCAUCUGGUGGCACAGCUGGAGGUGCCCCAACUAACACCACAAGGUCUAAUAUAGUUGGGGAUACUAGGACACCGACACCUGCUGGCUUAGGUGGACUUGGUCUCCCAGGGUUUGAAAGCUUGUUGGGUGCCAUGCAGGAUUCUAAUUCACUGAAUCAGAUGAUGCAGAAUCCAGCUAUUUCACAAAUGAUGCAAAGUCUUCUCUCCAACCCACAGUACAUGAACCAGAUUCUUGGGCUUAAUCCCCAGAUGCGUAGCAUACUUGAUUCCAAUUCUCAACUCAGAGAAAUGAUGCAAAAUCCUGAAUUUCUUCGUCAGUUGACUUCUCCUGAGACAAUGCAGCAAAUGUUGACUUUGCAGCAGUCCCUAUUGGCUCAGCUUGGCCGGGCACAGUCUACCCAGGAACCAGGCCAGACUGGUUUAGGGGCAGGAGCACCUAAUAUGGGUGGGUUGGAGAUGCUGAUGAACAUGUUUGGUGGACUUGGAGCUGGCAGCCUGGCUGCACCCAGAUCUGAUGUGCCCCCGGAACAAUUAUAUGCCACUCAAUUGUCACAACUUCAAGAAAUGGGUUUCUUUGAUACUCAAGAAAACAUACGAGCGUUAAUUGCCACUGCAGGAAAUGUCCAUGCUGCUGUGGAACGUCUUUUAGGGAAUUCAGGUCAGUAGAUUAUUAUCAAUGUUGAAUACCAUACGGUUGUUGGCCGUCAAAUGGAGUGCUGGAAUAGUUCAAUUGGAGCGGAAUUAUUCAAGCGCCUUUUCUGUCGAAUAUAUAUUUACUAUAUAGAAAGGGCAUCAAACUUCAUUGAAUCAAUCAGGCUGGAGUGUCGUGUACAUACUCGGUAUUAAGACUUGUCAUAUGAAUUGUUUGCAAAAUUUAUUACCCUCUGGGAUUGGAAUGUGCGAAAAUUUCUUUUUGACAAGCCAGUCACUAACUGCAUGGUUUUAUUUUAUGCUUGAGACCAGUUCAACGUUACCGUUUUGUUGGCACAUCUAAUCUCAAUGGAGAGGAAAUAAAAAGGUUGCAGUGCUUGAGAUA